AAAAUCCUCUCAGAUUGUUACGUAAUAUUGGGAAUUGAAAAUAGAUAAUUAUCUUGCACCCGUAAAUGCGAAUCGGGAUUAGUAUUAACACGAUUCCUUGCUUGGCAGUCUAGCUAUGGACGAUCCCGAAAUCAAAGAAACCGUUGAGCAAAUAUUAGGUAAAGGGGCUAAGGUCGUAGAUUGCGAAAAGAAAUCUUCGAUCAAAGAGGAGGAAAUUUUGCUAAUAAAUGGCGUACCAGUAACGCUCGAGGGGCGCGACGGAAGAGCCAUAAAAGAGGCGUUAAUCACCGGGCAGGUGCCCCCUUGCGAUCUCCUCAACACGUUGCUCAUUAAGACCGGCAUACUGAAGGCACCUGUGAAAUUGGACACGUCUCUGAGUGUAAAGUCGACGACGGUCACCAAAGAGGAGGUGACCGUUUCGCGCGCGGGAAAAAUAGUCGACGAGCGAAGUCGAGAGACGAAAGAGCAUAACUUUUUUACAAGUGCCAUUAGUGAAGUUUACGAACCGGUAAGAGUUAUACCAACAUCGGAACUUUUGAACGGGGAGUACCCGAAAAGCAAACGAAACGAAACUUUUCCAGUAAAUGGGAACGAGCAAAACGGUUACGAAACGAGCAGCGAUCACAAGUUUAGUUCGUUCUCGAGCGCGAGCAGCUACGAAUCGGACUGCCCCGCCAAUGACGACCAACGAAAAACCACCCUCAGCAAGGACUCGGGUCACCUGACUAACAGCACGAUGUCUUCCACGACCAAAGUCGACUUUACUCCGAGCUCAAUCGACUCGCUUAGCUCUCUAGACGAAACCGAUUACAAAAACGAUUUGGUUGACAAAUUCCGCAAGUGCGGAUUUAACAGUAACGGGUACCGGAAGGAGUUUACGCCUACUAUUUUUGGAACCGUGGCAUCGGACCACACGCCCAAAGACUGUUCAAAUAGGAGGAGCUUACCCCAAACUCCCCAGACCGGUAAGAACUUCUCAACCUUAUACAAUGGAGAAGCGAUUUCGGAAAGUGCCUCCAUUGCAGAUACUCACCACGAUAACGCACUUGUAUAUAGAGAUGGAAACUUGAUAUCGGGCCCCCUGGAGGCGCUGAUACAGCACAUGGUUCCUACAGACACGUACUACCCGGACCGGGCGUAUCUGUUUGCAUUCCUCCUCUCGUCGCGGCUCUUCAUCAAACCGCACGAUCUGCUCGCGCGCGUUCGGAAUCUCUGCGAGGUGCAGCAGGGUCUCGGCAGCGCGGGCGUCGCGACGCAGCCGGGCCUGUACAGGUUCGCCGAGCACCUCGUCCAGCUGCUCGCCGAGUGGACCGAAACCUUCCCGUACGACUUCAGAGACGAGCGGGUGAUGCAGCACGUGCGCACCAUCACUCAGCAGUGCUGCUGCUUGAGCUCGAGUUUGCGCGCGAACGUCUCGUCGCUCCUCCACAACCUGCUGCAGCGACUCACCGCGCUGGAGAACUACGAGAAGUUCCUGGAGGAGCCCCAGCUGCCGAUGGACGACGGCACCGACAUCACGGACGUCUGCCCGAAACCCGACGUUCUCGCCCAGCAACUGACGCACGUCGAGCUCGAGAGGCUGUCGUACAUCGGGCCCGAGGAGUUCGUCCAGGCGUUCGCCAAGGAGAACCCGCACAUCGAGACUUCAUUUAAGGACAUGAAGAAGACGCACAACUUGGAACAGUACGUGCAGUGGUUCAACAGGCUCAGCUAUUUCGUGGCGACUCAGGUUAUAAGGCACUUGAAGAAGAAGCAGAGGGUGCGCGUGGUUGAAUAUUGGAUAGAGACGGGUCGAGAGUGCUUUAAUAUUGGAAAUUUUAACAGUUUGAUGGCGAUCAUAGCUGGACUUAACAUGUCGCCGGUGUCGCGGUUGAAAAAGACGUGGCACAAAAUACAGUCGGGCAAAUUCGCGAUCUUGGAGCACCAAAUGGACCCGAGCAGCAACUUCAGCAGCUACCGUAGUACGCUGAAGGCGGCCAUGUGGCGGAGCGCGGGCGCGACAGACCAAAGACAACGCAUCGUCAUACCAUUUUUUAGUCUUCUAGUUAAGGAUCUCUACUUCCUGAACCAGGGAUGUUCGAAUAAGCUACCGAACGGUCACAUAAACUUCGAAAAAUUCUGGCAGCUCGCGAAGCAGGUGACCGAGUUCAUGGCGUGGAAGCAGGUCGCGUGUCCGUUCGAGAAGGAUCCGAAAAUCAUCGCCGUGCUCCAGAGGGGGCCCGUGCUCACCGAGAACGCCCUCGCGCUCGCCAGCUUCGAGUGCGAGCCGCCCGAGAACAACCAGGAGAAGGAGCGAUGCAAGAGCCUAAAGGCGGAAGGAAACAACGCGUCCUAAUUUUUGGCGACCACCGAUAUUGUCGUGCCAUUCCCCCACCACCACCACCGCCCCUCGAAAUUGUUUGCCAUACUAGGAAAUCGCGCGCUUCGUUUGAAUUCUCGAUUAUUCAAAUGCUUGUAGAUAGGGUUGGUUUCGAGAGGAGAUUGUCCACAUAAUCAUUCGUGAAACGAGAUCGAAGACUUUUUUGAUACGAAUGUUUUAUCGCAUUGUAACAUUUUGUACUAUUUGUAGUUUUUCAUACCUCAAAAAAAAAGAAACGUUUAAACGCGAGUAUUUAAGCGAUGUACUUAAUUGAUAUUGACCAGAUUAACAGUAUUCACGCGUCACGUUUAGUUUUGAAGCACUUUUACAAAACAAAAAUGUCGUUUCCUACAAUGAUGCUUCUUUGCUUUAUUGAUAUUAGAUGUAAUACAAACACAAAAGACUUAAUUUAAUCAGUAUUCUAGUCAUUAGGGAAUAGAGAGAUACUAAUUAAAGUACAUAUAUGUUGUAUUUGUAGUUGUAAAAAUCAUUUGUAAUCUGUACCAAUUUGUUUAAUGUAAAAAUUGUACUGUACCACUUC